ACGAUAAAAUACGUUUGGAGCAUUUGGAGUGCUCUUGCGUUAUUUUUUCUCGGUUAAUCAAUUAAUUAGUUGGUUGGGGAGGGGUGAGUGACCCCUGGGAUCAUCCGGGAUGAGCAGCGAUGAUGAAACUAUGGGGAUGCUGGAGGAGGACAAGGACAGGACCCAAAUCCGCGAGGAGCUCUCGCAGAUGAGUUUCGAGGAUUUACAAAAAUUGAAGGAGAAACUGGGCUCGAAGGUGUACAACGAGGCAAUUUUCGGUGCGAAACGGGUCAAAAAAACAGACUUCAAACGAGAGAACAAGAACAGACCCCGAGAGAUGUCGGCGAAGAGGCCAGUCUCUCGAUUGAAAGAGGUUGUCCACGUGAAGAGGCACGAGCCGAGGGACCCCAGGUUCGACUCCCUCUGCGGUAAUUUCGACGAGAAAGCCUUCAAGAACUCGUACAGUUUCCUCUUCAAAAUGAAAGAGAACGACCUUAAAGCCCUGAAAAAUGAGUUAAAAACCACUGAGGAUCCGAAGCAAAUAAAGAAGAUCAAGUACUUGAUCCAGAGGAUCGAGAACCAGUUGAAGGAGGAGUCGAGGAAGAAACAGAGGGAGGACCUGAGGAGCGCGGAGAAGAGGGAGAUCGUGGAGGCGAUAAAGAGCGGAGAGAAGCCGAAAUUCAGGAGAAAAUCGGAGAAGAGGAUUGUGAACCUCGUGUCGCAGUAUGAGGAGCUUAAGAGCACGGGAAAGCUGAAGAAACACAUUGAGAGGUUGAGGAAGAAGCGGCUGGGGAAGGACAGAAAGAAGUUUUCACAAACGAACAAUGAUUUUUGAAAUUUUUUGUUCACAAUUUUUUUUGAGGGUCAAAUAGUUUUGAGGGUCGAACGACCCUCGAUGAGGUUCGGGGGUGAAGGUCAAAGGGUCGUGAGGGUCAAACGACUCUUAAGAUCAUUUGACCCUUAAAUUAAUCAAGUAAUGAUUUUUGAGAAUUUCUGUUGACAUUUUUCAGAGAUUUUUAGUUGAGGGUCAAACGACCCUUGAUGAGGUUCGGGGGUGAAGGUCAAAGGGUCGUGGGGGUCAAAUGACCCUUGAUGAGGUUUGGGGGUGAAGGUCAAAGGGUCGUAAGGAUCAAAAUCUUCCUACGGACGUAUGAUUUGAGGAUCAUAUAAUCGUAAAGGUCAAACGACCCUUGAAAACGUGAGGGGUUAAGGGUCAAAUGACCAUUUCAGAUCACCCCAUUUGACCCUCAACCCUAAACCUUCUUAAGGGUCAUUUAAUCCCUAAGAUCCAUAUGUCGACAUCAAUGCUUAUAAAAAAAGAAAUUUCCAACAAAAAAAUAUUUUGUAACAUUUCGCUUCAGUCGAGGGUCAAAUGACCCUCAAUCCAAGGAGAAAAUCAUCAAAACAACUAAAACCUCACAAAAUCGAACUGUAAUCCUCACCAACUGUAAAAACUUUCCCCCCAAAUAAACCGCAAUUACCCAAAUAAAACAGAAAAGUCAAUUUAUUAA